GCAGCUCAUUCUUAGUUAUAUUUUGGAAGCACUGACUAUAAAAUAGACAUAAGCAGAGAGACACUAUCCCUCUCUUUGCUUCCAUUUCUCUCUCUCCCUCUCUCUAGAUCACUAUCUCUCCUUCUAAGCUCAAUCACCACAAACUCACAAUCAAACUAAAAGUAAGAUUAAAAAAAAAAAAAAACAGAGACCCUUCAUCCGAGUCGUCAGAAGCUCUCUUUUUCUAUUUCUAUAACUCUUCUGCAAACACACAGAGACAUGGACGAGAAGUGGAAGCUGUCGAAAAAGGAUGCAUUAGCAGCGUCGUGUUCAUCUUCUUCAACUUCAUCUAAAUCCAAGUUCUCUAGAAGCUACUCAACGAGUGCCUCUUCCUCAAAAGCUCCUGCAUUCGUACGGAGCUCGUCCACCAAAUGCUCAGUCCCUUCUUCUUCAUCUUCGUCUUCAAUGUCCAGAAGCUCUUCGAAAAAAGAGAAAGGGUCAUCUUCCAUAACUCAAAAGUACAGUAGCUUGGCCAAAGAACAGAAGGGAAGGUUUUACAUCAUGAGAAGGUGUGUGGCUAUGCUUGUCUGUUGGCAUAAACAUGAUUCCUAGGUAGAUAGAUAGAUCUCAUGCAUUUUUUUUUCUUUAAAUGAUUAGAUCAGUUUGAUUCUCUACUCUUAAGUUGCUGCAAGUUUCCAUACUAGUACAUUGUAAGAAGAGAUUCUUUUUUUUUUGAUAAUAUAUUAUUACUAUUAAUUUAA